AUGAAUUUAUUGGAUCUCCUUUCCGACGACAAUCCAGCCGAUACCGGUACUGGGCAGGUGGAUAUGCAGCAUUAUCUCGAUAACGUCGGCUCUGAAUUUAGACCCGAGCACAGCCAAACGUACCAAAAUCAACCAGAACAGCAAAUAUCAGGGUUAUCAGGACCAACCGCCGACAAUGUUAUUUACCUACCAUCGAUGAUGUCGAAUUUGCAGAAGGAUGUGUGUGAACUUAUCGUUCAGAUCUUUCGCAAAGGGCUCGAGCAGGAGCUCCAGCGAAGCAAGAACAGAGCUUCCAUAAGCAACCUUUCGAAUGGUGAUGAUGAUUUACCUGGGGGUAUGGGUGCCGGUGAUGUCCGUGAGUCUAGGGCUAGACUUAUCAACCUUAUGUUCGAGCAGCUACGUAAGGUGUCCAUGCACCCCUCGCUACUAGUGGACCAUUUUAUUCCUAAACGCUGGCUUUUACUGGAAGUUAACGAGCGUCUUUUGAAUCUUUCCGGUAAACUGGCGCUUUUCGAUAGAAUCAUCGAACUACUCUGUGAUAGCUAUGGUGAAGACGACAAACCAAAGAAUGAUUUUAACGUGCUCGUCAUGGCGGAAACAGUCAAGGAGCUCGAGUGGAUUGAGGGAACCAUCAUCGGAAAGAAAAUCAACUACAAAAAUCUUAAUACAAGGAAAUUAUACGAUAUGGACGAAGCAUCAAGAGAUACUGGAGACGAGUUUACCGAGGAUGAAUUGUUCGCAGCAGACAACAGAAACAAGAGAAAAUACUACUCCAGGCGGCGCAAGGUGAUGGCAGAAAAGAGUCGGAGGCCCGGCGUGGUUUUACAUUUGGCCACCUCCAGACACAUGUACGAGAGUUACGCAUCCAGCGUUCAGUUUGACCUAAUCUUUUCAUUCGACUCGCAUCCGGAUCUUCAGAGUGCCAGCAUGCAACUCAUAAGGGGAAACAAUCAAGCUCUGUCAGUGUCUUUGCAGGCAAGGCAAUACAAGACCCCGAUCAUAAUCCCAAUACCAAUAUACUCCGUGGAGCACUUCUCGUUAGUAUUGCCUCGUCCUGAGCUCGAGUUUGAUUUGACCAGUGGACCGGAUCCACAGAUCAACUGGAAGCUCAAGGUGAUCAGCGCUUUCGUGGCCAACAGACAUCGAUUGUAUGAACGUGACGACAGAGACUUUUACGUGGAACACUUUGGUGACAAUUACGUGGAUCUUAGAGGCUGGCUUAUGAGAUGGUGGGAGGUUCCUCCACCUGCGUCUGCUAGUCUACUUGAAAAUAGCAAGGCCUCUCUUCUGCUUCAUCCUUCUGAAGAGAAGCUUCUCAAACGACUCCUGGAGAAUUUCACCGACCACCUCAAAGCGGUAUUCAGCUUAGAAAAGCACAAGUUUAAGUUUGAGAACCCCAGCACCGAAAGUGUGGAGGAGAUUAUCACAGAUUUUGACACCUUUAAGAAGAAGUUCGCCGAGGCUCUCAAUUACAGAACUGAGCUUGUGGAAACCACCGUUCGUCGCGGUCUUCAUGAAGUUCUUCCCGAAUAUAAAAAGGCGGAGACCGAAAGACAAACCGAUAUUGACGCUUGCGAGGACCAAAUGGGAGAGAGGUAUCGGAAAUUACGGAAACUCAACGAGGAAGCGAGUAUCGUUGAUAGAAAGCAUAACCGAGCCGAAGCCGAGCAUUCGAAAACGGAAGCUACACACACGGAAACAAAGGAAAUGCUUAAGCACCUUGAAGAUGUGCUUAGGGAAAAAAGUGACGAAGACAUCAAGAAGCUUGUUGAGGAGCAGUCCAAGAUAAUUUCGCAAUUGGGCGAUGAAAAGGAGAGGCUAGACAAAGAAUUAGAAAAGGCGGUCGAGGAAGGUGAAUCCCUUCGUGGUGAGUACCAGACAAAAUCGAGCGAGGCAGUCAAUUCCAGCUUGAGUCUCAGCACAGCACAAGCGAAGAAAGACACACUCAACGGAACAUUGAAUGGUCCUGGCAUGCACAUUCUCCCAUCCUUGAGAAGGCAAUACGAGCAAAUCAGCUACGAUACCAAAUACAACCGUUUGCAUAAGGAAAACGCGUUUCUCAAACUGCUAUUCCUGUCGUAUUUGGACAAAAUGGUCAAGGAGCGGAGGGCGGUUGUUGACAGCACAGCCGCUGGGCUGAGUAACAUGGUGGCUACCGAACAGGCGUAUCUCAAAGCAAAAAUGUUCGGCCAGCCUUAUGUGCCCAAAGAUUUUCGAGAGUUGAUUUUUGUAACUGAUAUCCAUGCCAGACGAUUUGCCAUUACCGCUAAGUCCAAGUUCUUGGAACACUACUUCUCGGAUAUUAGCGCUCCUUGGGGAUACUUGGCUUUGAUCAGAGACGUUCUUGUUGUUUUCUGGGUAUACACUGUUUUGCACAAGCUUGUGCUCAACUUGUAUGGCUAUGGUCCGAUCGGAUGCCUCAAGAAGGUCUAUCGUGCCAUCUCCAAGUGGUUCUUUGGAAUCGUUAUGUCGCUUCCUCCCAUUAAGUCCAAAGUUGAUAAGGAAUUGAGUGAAACCCAGGCCAAAAUGGAGGAGAUGAUCAUGAAGAACGACGAUUCCUUGCUUCAGUUCCCGGUAUUGCCGACCGCAGGCUUGCAUCAAGAUGUCGUCGUGCAAGAGGUGUCGCUUACUGAAAAGGCACUUACAGUGGAUGACUGGCACGAUGGUAAGUAUACCGGAGGUGUGUAUCACGGUGGCGAUGAAUUGCUUAAGUUGCAAUCCAAGGCUUACGAAAUCUACAGCGUUGCAAACCAACUUCACCCGGACAUCUUCCCUGGAAUUCGUAAGAUGGAGGCUGAAGUGGUAUCAAUGAUCUUGAAGUUGUUCAAUGCCCCUGAGACUGGCUGUGGAUGCUCUGCUUCCGGUGGUACCGAGUCUCUUUUGCUUACAGGUUUGGCAGCCCGUGAAAUAGGACGCAGGAAGAAGGGCAUCACUGCUCCAGAAGUUAUCGCUCCCGUUACUGUUCAUGCUGGUAUAGACAAGGCUUGUUACUACUUUGGCAUGAAGCUUCACAAAGUGGAGCUCGACCCAGUCACUUACCAGGUCGACACCAAUAAAGUGAAGAGAUUGAUCAACCGUAACACUGUUUUGCUCGUCGGUUCUGCACCAAACUAUCCUCACGGAAUUAUUGAUGAUAUUGAGGCUUUGUCGGACCUUGCUGUCAAGUACAACAUUCCUCUUCAUGUCGAUGCGUGCUUGGGCUCGUUCAUUGUCACUUUCUUGGAGAAGUCAGGUGUUCACGGCGACAAAAAGCUUCCUUUGUUUGACUUUAGAUUGCCUGGCGUUACUUCCAUCUCUUGCGAUACCCACAAGUAUGGCUUUGCACCCAAAGGAUCCUCCGUUAUCAUGUACAGAAACCCUGAGCUUCGAAAGCAUCAGUACUACGUCGCAAGUGAUUGGACUGGUGGUUUGUACGGCUCGCCUACUCUUGCUGGCUCGAGACCAGGUGCUUUGAUGGCAGGCUGUUGGGCUACAAUGGUGCAUAUCGGAGAGACCGGAUAUGCUGAGUCGUGCAAAGACAUUGUCGGUGCUGGCAUCAAACUUAGAAACGCUUUGGUUGAAAACGAGACACUCCACGAGCACCUAGAGCUUCUUGGUGACCCAAUUGCCUCUGUUAUUGCCUUCAAGGCUAAGAACCCUAACAAGGUUGAUAUCUACUCCAUAGGCGAUCUCAUGGGUAAGAAAGGGUGGCAUUUUGCAACAUUGCAAAACCCUGCAGCUUUGCAUUUUGCUUUUACGCGUCUUACUGUGCCCGUGACCGACGACUUAAUCAGCGACCUCGUUGACACUAUUAAGGAAGUUGCAAACUCUGACACCAAGGCUCCUCCUGGUGACACUGCUGCCAUGUACGGUGUGGCAGGCAACGUCUCUACUGCGGGUGUUGCUGAUCGCUUGAUCGAGACAUUCCUUGAUGCCUUAUAUAAACUUUAG